CCCAGGGGCAGCUCCGGCUCCAUAGCACAGGGCAGAAUAGUGUAAACCUGUGUCGUCCCCCAAAAGCAAAGGGCAAACACAGCAGGCACUGCUGAAGCUUUGCUUGGCCAAAGCGGCUAGCAAGCAGGCAGGAGAGACAGAGAAGCAGCUGUGCAGGGGGGUCCUUUUAAGCGCGCGUCUCUGGAGGUCUCCAGCAACAGCACUUGAGAGCAACUGAUGACCACUAGUCUGGCUAGAACCAGUUCUGGGUGGCUUUAUAAACAGGCUUUAUAUAUAAUGUGUUUUGAGGUGUAGACGCGUUUUUGCGGAAGACAUUUUGCACAAAAACUUUUGGGCAAAAGGCUUCUUCUGCAAAAACCCUGCAGUGGAGACAAAGCCAGGGUGUCUCAUGCAACUACCAGAACGCCCACGGGAGUGAUGGGCCUAACUCUCCUUGGCUGCCAAAGGGAGUCAGGCAUCCGGCCUGCCUAAGAGCUCUAGUGUUUCCUAUCAUGUGCUGCUGUAGCACUAGGUAGCUCACGACCCUUUGUCAGGCUGGGGGCUCUCGGGCCAGUGAUGUUCCCACGGUCUCAUCACUCAGUUUCCCCAUACUGUUUCCCUGCUGUGUGAAGCAUAUUGAGCGCUAUGCAUGAGCUUGGUGUGGUUAACGUCAAACGCCCCAGCCUGGCCAGGCCUGCAUUUACCAAGGUGGCUUUGGCUGAGUCUUGCUGCUAAAUCCGGAGAGGGGUUUGCAGCAACAUAUUUGAGGUGUGUUUGAGUCUCAAACUUUUGGCACCAAAUCAAGAUGCUGUGGCCGGAGGUGGGGUAUUUGGGACAGGAAACGGGGAGCAGUGAUGAGCAGACAUGAGGACAGGGCAGGGCAGAACAAAGAGUGGCCAGGACAUCCCUGCUGCUUCAGCCAUAGAGCCCUGGUGGGGGCUGAGAGCAGGGUCAGCCUCUGGUUACACAACUUGGACAAGACUGAGCAGGGAGAGGGGCCUUCUGCCCUGAGGGGGCAGGUAGGAACUGAGGGAGGUCGGGCUUUUCCUCGCCCUUCACUCUAAGGACAGAGCAGGGCGUGACCUUGGAUUGUCCCCUCCCAACACCAUCAAGACCAGAAGCCGCUGGGCUGUUAUCACUUGGAUCGGUUGCUUCCCCAGCCCCAAAUGCUCCUGUCUCUCUGCCUUUUGCUGCCUGCGCUGAGCCCCAGCAGCCAGGAGAUCUGCUCAGCUCCCGGCCCUCUCCCUGCUCCCACUCUCUACCUAAACCAGACAGCCUCCCCUCCGGAGGGCUCCGUGUGGCUCCAGUGCUUUGUGAGUUCCCAGAACCUUGUCGCCCGUGUCAUCUUCUGUAAGGACGGGGAGGAGGUUGCAAACCAGACCAGUCUGGAGAGGAAAUCUGUCUACGGCUAUCCCCAUGUGGUGUCCAGGGACAGCGCUGGGGAUUAUGCCUGUGCCUAUGAGAUCAAGAACAGCAGCAACCACCUGAUCAAGUCCCAGCUCAGCCCUGCUAAGCACCUCCGUGUCACUGGGCCAGAUUUAAGGCUCCCGUUGGGAAUUACGAUCCCUGUCCUCCUGGUGCUGGCUGUGGUGCUUUAUCUGCUGGGAAGGAAAGGAAUCCUGCCCACGUCUCUGAUCUCCGUGUUUCACUGCCUUCCAGUCACAUUUCCACCAAGGGGUCAAAGGGAACAUGUCCAGCAUGACACCAGAAAUGCUCCUGAAGAUCAUCUUCACUAUGCCUCAAUGAACUGGUCAGAAAGCGCCACGGAUCCACCACCCCAGUCGGAAGAGACAUCAACGUAUGUGGAAAUGGUCGUGCGGCGGGAGAGGUGUCAUUAAUGCUCCAGUUGCUGGAAUGAAGAGCUCAUCAGUGCACAGCCACAAAUCAGAGGCCACCACAGAGGUUGCACAGCAAUGAAGAGGAGAACCUUCUCUAGUGCCACAGCUGGGCAAUGCACAGCACCUCCAGGUGCUAUUGGGCACUGGAAUAGUCUCAGAGCAUAGGCAACCUGUUUGCCUUUUGGAAAAAAUGCUUCAUCUGAAUAGAAAAUACACAGACUCUGUAUUCCUACUCCCUGACUCUGUAUAUCCACAGCUCAGCUCUGAAUUCCUCUCAGCUCCAUGGAGCAAUUCCACAGCGAACGCAAAGUAGCUGAAAAUCAUCCCCUCCUAAAUCCCAAG